AUGCAACGCAUUGUGAACAAAAAUAAGCAUAAGAUUGGUUGUUAUACAUGCAUUUACAAACAAGCUGCUAAAGAACAUGCCCUUUAUCGAAGCACAUGGAUCAGAGAACUAACAGCUGGCGAUACAUUGUCUGGUGGUUGCAUGUUUGGAAAUCCAUCAGUUCUGGAAUCUACUGAACUACAACAUCUUCAUCCUGCUUCUUGGUAUUGUGUUGCAUGGUACCCCAUAUAUCGUAUACCUAUUGGUAGUCUUCGUGCCGCCUUCCUCACUUAUCAUUCUCUGGGAAAUUUCAUUAGUCCUAGUAAUCCAGCAUAUGCUCCAGCUUCUUGUGAUGCUCUAGUUUCUCCAGUUGUAGGUUUGCAGACAUACAAUGAUAAGCGCGAGAAUUGGUUUAAACCGACGGAUAAGGGUUCAAAUGUCCUCCGUACUGGUACUAGUUCCUCCGAGUUAGUGAAAGAGAGGUUGAGGACGCUGAGGCAAACAGCUGCUGCAAUGUCAUGUGCUGUAGUUUCAAAGGGUGACUGCAAAUCUGCAAACAAACACCCAGAUUAUAAAUUCUUCAUGUCGCGGAGUGGGUAGAGGGCUGAGAUAGCUUCCUUUUCUUUUCUUUUUUUUCCAGUACUUCAACAUUCUCUGAAACUCAAACUGGCACCCAUUCUCUGAAACAUUUAUGCUUAAUAUCCUAGUUCGAACAAACUAUCUUUGGC